AUGACUCUUGCCCACAAGUCCUUGAUUGAUCACAUCGUCAUCGAGCCAGAACAAGCCGUGCAGCGCGACACGCCAGAGUGGGAAGCCUCAGACCUGAAGGCUUUGGUUGUCUUAGUCAAGCUCCUCAAUCCUACGUACCAAUCGAUGAAUUUGCACAACCAUUUUCAGCUUCGUAAACAACAAAGUGAUUUUGAGCUUGAAACCGGAGGCGACCCGAUGGCGCACCUGAUGCGCUUUGAGGAAUUUCUGCCUGAGGAUUAUGUUGCUAUGGCCCGAAUCAUCGAAGCGACAAGUGGCGUCACGCUUUUGGAUGCAAAAGAGAUGCUGCGUCGAAAACAUGAGAAGCUCACGCGUUGUGACAAGAAAGAAGCUGCAUUCAAGGCCAGCUUUCUCAACGUAAGCCUCGUCCUGCUCAUAAUGGCGAUGGUCGCUAAUGGAUAUAAUGGACGUCGCAAUGGCAACGGUAACGGUGGUCAUGGUGCCUGGAAGAACCACACCACCUAG